AUGGAGAAGCCAUUUGAAGUCAAUCUGAGGCGUACUGUUCUGCACUGCGGGAAGAGGGUGAACAAUUUCUUUGUGGUUGUACUGUUUUUCGAGCGCCUGGCGGGGGAAUUGCUUGAGCGGAAGAUUGCUGUGCGAUGGGAUCGCUGUGGUGGGAGGGGGCGAGUGCGGGCGGAAGUGCUUGAGCACGCUGUUGUGGACAGAUGCCUGAGAUCGCGUGCUGCUUGCACUGUGAAAUCAUGUUGGGGCGACGUGGCGUGUUGCCUCACCUGGCGGCCUACCCGGCCGGAAUUCUGUGAACUGCAGGGGCGACGUUCCUUGGUUCGCUGGCUACGUGCGGGCUGUGCUUCAGGUGAUCGUGAAGGCUGA